UUUAUAUUCCAGAUGUUUUUGCAGGGGAAUAUUACAAACGCUGCAGAGAAAUAGGGUCUCGUAUCGUGACCUUUAACCUUUUCCUGACGUUUGCUCGCAGCAGUAAUGGACGGCAGACAUAACCGUCCUCGCAGCAGAACCGAGUAGCAGUCCGCGUGUAUUUGAGAAAAAAGACUAUUUUUUAGCGUUUCGGAAAUGCCACGGUGGUUUUUCUGAUCUUCAAGGUGAGAUGGUGGAGGUGGAUGGUUGACGACAGCUGGGCUGCAGCGCUGCCCUCUCAGUCUCCACCAUGCUGCAGAAAGGUCCCAUCCAGAUCAUCGAGUGGGAGGACCUGGACAAGAGGAAGUUCUACUCCCUGGGCGUGUUCAUGACCUUCACCUCCAGGGCCACGGCCUACCCAGCCAGCCUGAUCCGCACCCGCCUGCAGGUGCAGAAGGGGAAGGCCGUGUACGCCGGCACUUUUGAUGCCUUCUUUAAGAUCCUGCGAGCGGAGGGCGUCCGCGGCCUCUACCGCGGCUUCAUGGUCAACUCCUUCACCCUGGUGUCCGGACAGGCGUACGUCACCACCUACGAACUGGUGCGCAAGUUCGUGUCCCAUUACUCGCCCAGCAACACUGUGAAGUCCCUGGUGGCGGGGGGCGCCGCGUCCCUGGUGGCCCAGACCAUCACCGUGCCGAUCGACGUGGUCUCCCAGCACCUGAUGAUGCAAGGCUGCCACAGCGUGUCGCAGCUGUCCCGCUUCAAGGUCAAACCCAAAAUGGUGCUCGCCGCUGCCAAGAGCAAGCCAACUUUUGGGCAGGCGUGGGACCUGACGGUGCAGAUCUUUGCAGCCGAUGGGCUGAGGGGGUUCUACCGGGGCUAUGUGGCAUCGCUGCUCACCUACAUCCCCAGCAGCGCCCUCUGGUGGCCGUUCUAUCACUUUUAUGCAGCUGACUUUGUUAGCGCCGAGCGAGUGGCCUCACCUGCUCCUGCAGGCUCUGGCCGGACCAAUGGCAGGGGCGACCGCCUACACCAUCACCAAUCCUCUGGAUGUUAUCCGUGCUCGAGUACAGGUGGAGGGACGAUCGUCCAUCAUAGAAACAUUCAAGCAGCUGCUGGCGGAGGAGGGCGCCGGGAUCAUGACCAAGGGGCUGUCCGCCCGCAUCAUCUCCUCCCUCCCCACGUCGGUGCUCCUGGUGGUUGGGUACGAGACGCUGAAGAAGCUGAGCCUGCGCGACGAGCUGAUCGAGUCCAGACAUUGGUGAAAGUCCGAGAGAGGGACCAGGACUCCGCCUCUCAGCAGGCUCCACCCCCACAUCCGUGUGUGGAUCUGCGUCGGUACAUUUUAGAGGUGCUGCUCCAUCGCUCCACUGGAACUUCACAAAGACCCACAUUUUGAGUGUAGGAAGCCGUUCUGGAGGUCCCAGCAGCACGGUGACAGUCCAGUCGCUGUCCAAGACUAUUCAGGUUUUAAAUGUUUGUGUGUUUUUUGGAUGAACCUCAGUAGGAAGGCCUGAUUUAAGCUGUUCUGUGAGUCAAAUGAGAGACAGUUCCAUUUUUUUAGAUUAUUAGCAGACAAAACUUCCUUUUUUUGUCCUCAGAGAUCCUCUGAAAGAGUGAGGAAGAGCGUGAUGUCUGACUGCAUUCCUUUGAAAAGACUGGUGUUGAGAUGUUAAAGAAAUAAUCCCUUCUAAGACUUUUAAAUGCUGAAAUUUGAGCUGUUUUUCUGCCACCACAAAUCCACCGUCUAAAUCGUGCACCUGGCUGGGUUCUUUUUUAGUCUGUGGAGUCCGUUUUCUCUGAUCUCACUGAACGUGGAGCAAUAAGACCUCAAAGAAAAAUAGAUGAAGAUUUACUACUGUUAUAGGAAUUUAAUGAAUGAUUUUUUGGAAUUAUAUUAAGCAAAUCAGACCUGUAACUGCAGGGUUUUGAUAUAGAUUCAUUGAUGUCAAUAGUUCAGGUAAAGUUAAAGGUGAGCCACAGGUCUGAGCCCACUGAGGUGUCAACCGUUCUCUGUAACCACUUCAAAAUGUCCUGCUGCUCCCAAAUAAUUUCAAUCAGGCAGACCUGACAUUUCCUGACCUUUGGGUCCUCAGGUGUUUGGAGAGAUCUAUUUUUUCCCAAAAGAUGUUCAGGAAUUAAACAAGCAGGUACCUUAUUUUGAAAACAGUCAUUUACAAAGUAUUCAAUUAAAAAUAUAAUAUGUAUUUUUAGGUAGAAGAUGGCAAAUAUUUAAUAUUUUAAGCCAAUAUUUUGCUGCACAAUGAUUGUGCACAUUUUAUAUAUCGUCAGGCUGAAUUAUAAUCAAAUCUGCUGCCAUGUGGAAAUAUUCAGUUAGAAGGCAAAGAGGGAAACAAAGACAUGACCUCAGCUAUUUCAUAUGUGGUACAUUAAGGGAAACACUGCCUUCAUGCUCAGACACCGACCAGCCUUUUUAAUGAGCCCUCACUUCAGAUUUUAACUUCCUUUAAAGGGCCUUUCAUGACAUACAAUCAAUAAAAAACUUAUUUUUAAUAAAAAAAACUGUCUUUUUAAGUAUUUUAGAAAUAUGAGAACCUUUGUAUAUUUGAAAGAGAGAAAUAAAGGGAAACGUGUCAGAAUUGUC